GCAGCUGGCCAUCGCGAUCACGGAAAAGCAUGUGAAGUAAGUGCAUCAGCGGUUCAACAGGUACGACGACAAAAGCUCGAAUGCAGACAUCAACGUUGCAUAUGCGUGGCAAAGCGGCCACCGGCCUUUGCAGCGGGCAAAUACUUACGGUCUGGACGGCGCAUUCCCAACACACUUGCAGCCAUCGCUGUUGCGUAUAUAUGAGUGGGUCUCCAUCCGAUGACAUGAGUUUUUGCAACAGCCGACCAAAGGCUUCAGCUCGGAUGUCUCAACUGGCGAACAUGGGCUCCAGCAACAGUCCUCACCAGCAACACUUCAACACAGUCCUGCACAAGCCAGCUUUGCAGAUGGGAUCACACCUACUUUCCUGCCGACAGAUCCCGAAACAUCCUCGACCAAAAAGCGCAAGCGAUGUACGGGGAACAAUACGGGGAACAAUGCGACCAAGCCAUUGGAGGCUACAUACUCGAACGAUGGAAAACGCCAGAAAUAUCGUAGCACCGGAAGAACGCAUUCUCUCAAAGUGGCACCACAUUCGCCAGCUAUCCGACCAUCGGACGAGGAUAGCAGUCCUGCCAAGGACGACCUACCCGCAACAUCGGUUGUACAAAGUCCCACACGUUCCCCACAGCGAAGGCACUCUAGCACAGCUGCAUUACCUCCAGAGCGCCAGAAGGGUGUUCAAGGUCUCCUAGACGCACAGGCGAAGAGAAAAAGAAUAGCUUGUGACGAUAGGCGAUAACGCCUCAUUCCUCAAGCAAAAGAACCUCGGACAGGAAACUGUGGCCA